GUGCCGUUGCAAAGGCGACACCUCCGGCACCAUCACAUCACCUCAAGCACGCACACCUGUGGCCGAACUGGCGCCGGACGCAUUGCCUUGGCACAACCUCCAGGCGGCAGCACCAACAGCCACUUGCACUUGACACUUGUGAACCACUAAUACCUGUGCAGCGUCCCGUCCCAGCAGGGCCAGUUGGUUCAACAUGGCCUUGCGCAACCUUGUCGAUGCCCAGUGUGGGGAAGGCAAUGCACUCCUGCGCCUCACCCAGCAUGUGACCCAAGAUAAGGCAUUAUUGGAUGAGGGUCUCCGUUGGCCCCCCCAUGCACGCCCUCAUACUGAAGAUGGAGUGUUGAAGGCCCAGUAUGGUCCAGCAGCAGUGGGUGACCAGCUGGUGGAGGAGUUUAUGUCAGAGACACAACAGGCUGCUGCUGCUGCUCCUCAGGCGUUCAGAAUGGAUUCUCUUUUGCAGGAAAUGAGAGAGAUAGAAAGUAUGCGAGCCAGAUCGGGCCCAAUGAGAGGACCAGGCAUUGCAGACCUGGCCUCGGAGGCAAGCAACUGGGCAGAAGAAUACCUGGCCUCGGAAACUCAUGUCCAGGAAACUGGCCUUGGAGGUGACUGGACCAAAGAAUUCCUGGACCCACAGCAUGGUCUGACAUCUCCAGACAUGAUACCUGACAGUGAUACACGAUGGACUCGUGAAUACUUGAGUGAUGAUAUAAUAGAUGACACAUCAAGAGGUGAGGCCACAAAAUGGCUAGAGGAGUAUAAUCCACAGGAGGACUCAGAGCUUGCCAAAACAGCCAAUGAGCUCCUGGGAACUGUGGAUGACCCUAAAUUCUCAGACUCAGAGUUCAUGAAGUUUAUUAAAAAGAUAGGUGAAGGAGCUAAGAUUGAUAACAGCAAGGAUGGGGUUGAAGAUUUACAAGUUUCAAACGGACAAGUUACCAGAAGUAUGUCAGAAUCUUGGAGUGCAGAGUUCAUGAAGGAGCAGCAGCAGCCUCAUCAGCAGUGGGGAGAAGAGUUUGCCAAGCAGCUGGGAAUGCCAGGAAGCUGGGAUGUUGAUAGUGAAUCUAUGACUUCUAAAGAGAGAGAAAAUUUUUGGGAAAGUUUGCAAGAAGAGUGGGAGAAAAUGGCCAAAGAGGAUGAUUUGGUGGAGCAUCCAUGGCUCACAGACUUCACCUCCACAACCUUUCAACCUUAUAAGGACUAUCAGUUUGAAGAAGAAAAUCCUUUGAAAGAUCACCCUGACCCGCUGAGUGAAGGCAAGAGGUGCCUGGAGGCUGGGGACCUUCCUUCUUCUGUACUGUUGUUUGAAGCUGCUGCACAACAGAACCCAGAGAACCCAGAGGCAUGGCUUUUGCUUGGCAUGACCCACGCUGAAAAUGAACAAGAUCCGUCGGCAAUAGCAGCUCUCAGGAGAUGUGUAGACAUAGACUCCAACAACCGUAUUGCCUGGAUGGCUCUUGCAGCAUCAUAUACAAAUGAAUCCUACCAGACACUUGCAUGCAAUUCAUUAAAGGAGUGGAUCAGAGUCAACCCAGAAUAUAGUCAUUUUGUUGGAGGUGAUGAAGAUAGCAAAAAAACACAGAUGAUGGCAGCCACCUUAGCCCCAAGGGAACUAAUACAAGAAGUACAAGAUUUAUAUAUCAGUGCAGCCAAUCAGCGCCCAAGCGAAAACAUUGACCCUGAUGUUCAAUGUGGAUUGGGUGUUUUGUUUAACUUAACAGGAGAGUAUGAGAAGGCCAUAGAUUGCUUCCAUGCUGCGCUGAGUGUUCGGCCAAAAGAUGCCAAAUUAUGGAAUAAAUUGGGAGCAACUUUGGCAAACAGUGAACGAUCAGAGGAGGCAAUUGAUGCUUAUCGAAAUGCCUUAGAAAUUUCACCAGGUUAUAUCAGGUGUCGCUAUAACCUUGGGAUAUCUUGCAUCAAUCUUGGAGCUCACAGGGAGGCAAUGGAACACUUUUUAGAGGCUUUGAACAUGCAAGCAGCAGGCCGAGGACUUGGAGGUGCAGAGUCAUCCAGAGCCGUUUCUGAUAAUAUCUGGGCAACUUUAAGAGUUUGCCUCUCGCAGCUUGGUACCACACACCUUAUGGAUGCUCUCAAUAACAGGGAUUUGUCUCGAUUAAAUGCUGAAUUUAGUGAGAAAAGUUCCAGUUGACUUGGAGAGUACCCAUUACUACAAUGGGCUGCCACUUCACCCCACCGCUCUGUGUUGUGUUUUGGGCCCCCAAAAGGCCCCUCAUUUACUCUGUCGGGAAAAUGUGCAUUAGAUGGUUUGCCAUUUGAGUGUCUGUUGAACGUUUUACAUUAAAAUAUGUAUAAUCAUUUUCCUUACUUUUUAGUAAGAAAUUUGUUCAUCUUUACAAUUUUGACUGACUUUUUCUUACUUAUUUUUAUUACAUAUGUAUGUAGAUGAAAUUUUAGUACUUAUGUACUUUUUGUGAAAAAUGAUGAAAUCCACCAAGCCGUCUUAGGACUGAUACUCCACAUUUUGAUAAUUAAUUACUGCACUACAGUAUUUAGUGUUGGUUUGUAAAGAGUUGUUGAGGCAUUUUGAUAUUCCUUCUGUUUCUACACCUUCGGAAACCAUGUGAUGCAACAUAACUUCCUAAAUAUGAUUCUUUCAAAGACUAGCUGUAUAAAGGUCAAAGAAAGUAUUUUUAAUCAACAGUAUCACCAGCAUUUGCAGCAUCAGCACUGCAACCACCAUCACCACCACCACCACUAUUUUCUGUAGUAUGUGAGGGCAAGAUUCAGAAAAAGUAUGCAGUGAGAGGAACAGUAACCUUGUAGAAUUGAUUUCAAACUCUAUUCACAUAUAUAUAUAUAUAUAUAUAUAUAUAUAUAUAUAUAUAUAUAUAUAUAUAUAUAUAUAUAUAUAUAUAUAUAUCAGUACCCUCUCGAGUUUCGCGCUCGCUUCGUUCCGAAGGUAUAGCGCUAAACUCGAGGAUCGCGAAACUUGAGGUAUUGAAAACACUGAAAAAGCGCUUAUUUGUUCCGACCCGUGGAGAUUUUUUUUUUUUUUUUACAUGUGGCCUAUGGCGCCAGUAGACUAUCCAUCUGGGCCUGAUAGUCAGCCCCGAGCCCGUCAUGGCGCAGGCAACUGUUUAUUGUGGCGCCAUUAUAAUUGGCUCUUGCUGCCCCCCGGACCUCACUUUUUUUCCUCCUUUACUCCCUUGUUAUCUCAAAAUAUGUACCUUGGAAAAAGGAAGAAAACAAGAAGAGAGAACGGGUCGUUUUAAAGCCACAGAUGAAGCCUUAUGAUUGGCUGAGCUCUGAAAACACGCCUGUGACUCGCUGGGAGUCCGAUGACGUCAUCGCCGGCGCUCACCUAAUCAGCAGCCUCACUGCCUUAAGGCGGUGUCACACUGGCCGUUUUCCUCUAACCGUUGUGGCUACUGGCAACGACCGUACGCCCAUCCGGGAGCGAGUUUUCGGUUGUCCGUAAGCUGGUGUCACACUGGGCCUUUUUCUUCCCACCGCGUUGGCGGCAGCUUGGGCAACCGGCAACUUUUCUGGGUGUGCGUCACACACAUAAGGGGAUAUUAAAAGGGUGUAAGGGGGGAGUGGCAGAAGGGAGAGUCAGGUCAUGUCAUGACACACACACACACACAUACAGAAAGGGAAAUGAGAAGGGUGGGGAGAGGGAGGGGCAGAAGGGAGAGUCAGGUCAUGUCUUGAUCUGAGUCAGGUCAUAUCCUGACCAAAGCCCUGAUCUGACAUUCCUUUCUCAUUCCCCUUCUGUGUGUAUGUGUGAGAGAAGUCAGGACCUGACCUGACCUGAGUCAGGUCAUGUUUUGACCAAAGCCCUGAUCUGACUCCUUUCUGCCCCAUCCUCCCCACAUCCUUUUCAUUUCACCUUCUGUGUGUAUGUGUGAAUUGUUUUAAAAAUAUUCAUUUUUUUUGGUGAGUAGAGGAAUAAUAUCAGUCACAGAGCAAACAAAUAUUUGCAUGCAACACCUGUGAUGUGCAUCAUUCCCAUGACUGAAAUAAAUAUAUUGUUUUGCAGACUUGAUGGUUGAUUGUAAAUUGUAAUGGAAAGUUUUAUAUGACAAUAAUCAAAAUGAUAUUUAGUCACAAUUUCCUUUGUAAGUUUUAUAUAGAGCACAUAUAUUUUACCAUUAUAAGAUUAGCAACCAUGCUUUCAGAAUUGUAUUAUUUUGUAUGUCUUAUUUUUAUGGGUUUGCAGGAUGCUAUGGGAUAACUUGUUACUAAAGAUAAUGAGAUGGUCAUUUAAAUAGAUUUAAGUGCACUUGAAACUUUCUGGUGUACAUAUAUUUAAAGAUGAAUAUUCAAAGUCAGUACAUUUAAGAUAAUAUAUAGAACAAUAUAAUGCCAAAAUUAU